AUGAAAAAGUGGCUAUAGAAAAAAUUGAAUUAAGGCCUAUCCGAUGAUUAAAAUAAGCAUAGACUAACUAGAAAAGAAAGAUAUAUGAGAAAAUAUUUGAAUUCUGAAAAGUGCUAUAAUUAUUGGGAGAUUAUGACAUCCAAUAAUCUAGUUUAAGUAAAUCAAAAUAGAGAAUCAUAAGGAUUUAUUAAACAAAUUAAAGAAAUCUUUUAAAAUCCUGAAUAAAUCUUUGAUGUUGAAUUGCAAUAAAAAUUAAUGGAAUUAUAUACACUAUAAGAGGAUUAAACACCAGUAUUGGCAAUAUUUGCAGUUGGAUUUCAUCAUAAAAGAGGAUCAGAAAUUGAAUACUCAUAUCCAGAAUUAUCAUAAUUGACAAAUGACAUGGAAAAUAUAAUCAACACCGUGACAACUUGUGCUUUGCCAGAUGCUGUCCAUAAUGCUAAUGAAGACUAUUUAUAUUUUAAUUUCGAUGCAUAAAUAAAUGGGCAGACCAAGCCAUUGUUUGGUGUAACAUGCUUCAAAUAGAUUAAAGUAACAGAGGAGUUAAAAAAGUAAAACCCAGAAUUAACCAGAAGCCACAUCUAAAAGGCCAUCUGCUUGUUGUCCUUUGUACCUCUCUUUGGGUAUAUCAAGAGUAGAUUGGAGCCUACAAUAUAAGCAUACUUUUAAUUGUAGGACUUUAAAGAUAUGUCAAUUUUAAAUUAUGCCUUUGAUAGUAUAUAAUAAACUUUUGAUUUAAAGAAUGUAGAAAUCUCAGCAUUAUAUACAGAUACUAAUUUGAUUGGGUUGUUUUGGAUCUUUAAAGAGAAAAUAUUCAAAAUCCUUAAGGCAGUUUAAUAUUAGUUGAAAAUAAUUAUAUACUCUUAAUCUUCUAGUGUUUGUUCUAGAUUUAUAAUCAGUGUAUUAUCUCUAAUUCCAGGUUUGUUGAAUUUUAAUAUGUAAUCCAAGUAAUCACUCAUAUAGGAAAGUUACUUGAGUAAUUUUGGUUUGCCCUUUAAAAUAUUUACUGAGAACUAUAAGUUAUUUAUGCAUUUUAGUGUGACAGACCUAAAUAUGUUGUAAAGCAGCAAUCUUAAAGGCUAUUUGAUUGGAACAACAAGUAAAUUUAUUAAGGGUCUCAAUCAAUUGAAUCCAGAGAUUAUUAUUGAUGUUGACACAGGCGAACUAAAUAUCUUGAAAGAGCAGUACAAGAAAUUAUUAAAUCUUAAAUUAACUGAAAAAUAACUUUACAGUGCCAUUAAUACAGAUUGUUUAAAAACAUUGGAUUAAAAUUAAUAGGACUAGUUAAGAAAAUUAAUUCCCAUUCAAAAUCAAAAAAUCACGUUUCAAGGUAGUGAGGAUUGGAUAAGAAAAAUAAUUCAUGAUCAUUAUAUAAAAGUGCUAUCUGAAAUUAGCUCCUUUGUUAUAAAUUUAUAAACAUUUGAUGAAAGGAUAAAUAAAUUGACUGCAAUUAGAACUAGAAAGAGUAUGAUAAUUAAAUAAGAAAUAAGUCCAUAAGAUAGCUCUGAUGAUGAUGAUAAUGAAUCUUAAGACCCGCAUAAAUUAGAAAUAAAGAAGCAUAAAGAAAAUUUGGUUGAAGAAUUAAAAAUCAAGGAAUAUCGUAAUAUGCUCUACGAUCUAAUGAGAGUGAUAAGAAAGCACAAUAGAAAAGGAAUCAUAUAUUGGAUCACUAAAACUGAGAAUGGACUCAAAUGGUUAAAAUCCUUUGAUUAUUCUAUCAUCACAAAUUCUGAAUGUUUCGAUAAAACUACAACAGUGCCAUUCUACAAAGUGUUUGAAAAUGCAGACAUAUUUAUUGGGAAUAUGCAAUAUGGUGGACUAAUAGAACUAUUUUAAAAAAGAGUCUACGUAGGCUAAAUUCAGGAUUUCCUUAAACAUGGUUAAGGAAGAUAUGAAAAAUUAAUUGACAAGAGAUUUUAAUACAAGGGACAAUUUAAAUAGAACAAAUUUCAUGGGGAUGGUAUACUAAUAGUAGUAAAUGAAUUUUAAUAUAAUGGUCAUUUCGAAAAUAAUCAAUUUAAUGGAUAUGGUAAUUUGUAAAAAGAGAAUUAAAUCUAUGAAGGUUGGUUUAAAAAUGGAUAAUAUUGUGGAACUGGAAAAUUGAUAUUGCCAAACAAAGAUGUUUAUGUAGGUUAAUUUUCAGGGGGAUUAUUUCAAGGAGAAGGUCAAUACGUUUGGGCUAAUGGUGAUAUCUAUAAAGGUAUUUACAAGGCAGGGAAGAGACAUGGUAUGGGAAUCUAUUAAACUAAAUAAUACACAUAUGAGGGAGAAUGGGUAGAUGAUUUAAAGGAUGGAUUUGGUGUGAUUACACUGCAAGAAAACAAUUGCAAAUACUAAGGAUAAUUUUAAAAGGAUGAAUUUGUUAUAAAUCAAGAAGUUAUUAUUAAAUUUCCAGAUGAUAGCAUUUAUAAAGGACAGAUUAAAAAUUAUUAACCUCAUGGAAAGGGGUACUUGCAAUUUAUUGAUGGAAAAAUUUAAGAUGGUAAUUUCAAGGAUGGAAACUUCAUAGACUAAGAAAAAGUUGAAGAUAAAAAUGAAUAGGUUACUUUACAUUAAGAAAAUACAGUUUAGGAGUAAAAUAUUUAAACAGAUUCUUAAUCUUAAUCAAAGUAAGAUCUUAAUUAAGUAAUCAACCAAAAUGAGCUUUAGCAAUAAUAAAUUGAUGAUAGUUACAAUAAAUCAAUAUGA